AUGGAAGGCCUUUUCCGGCAUAAUCCGUACACGGCCUUCCCUCCCGCAGUGCCCGGCCUACCUCCGGGCCUCCCGCCGGCUGUCUCCUUUGGCUCCCUGCAGGGGGCCUUCCAGCCCAAGAACACGAACCCUGAGCUGCCACCAAGACUGGGGCCAGUGCCGAGCGGGCUCCCUCAGAAGGGGACACAGAUCCCUGACCAUUUCCGGCCACCUUUGAGGAAACCGGGGAAGUGGUGCGCCAUGCACGUUCGCGUGGCUUACAUGAUCCUGAGACACCAGGAAAAGAUGAAGGGCGACUCCCACAAGCUUGACUUUCGGAACGACCUCCUGCCCUGCCUUCCGGGGCCCUAUGGGGCCCUGCCCCCUGGGCAGGAGCUGUCCCACCCGGCCUCCCUCUUCACUGCGACUGGUGCCGUCCAUGCUGCAGCCAACCCUUUCACAGCAGCUCCCGGGGCCCAUGGACCCUUCCUGAGCCCCAGCACCCAUAUUGAUCCUUUUGGGCGUCCCACAAGCUUCGCCUCCUUGGCUGCUCUCUCCAACGGGGCCUUUGGAGGCCUGGGCAGCCCCACAUUCAACUCCGGCGCCGUUUUUGCCCAGAAAGAAAGCCCAGGGGCCCCACCAGCCUUCGCCUCCCCGCCAGACCCAUGGGGCCGCCUGCACCGCAGUCCUCUGGCCUUUCCUGCCUGGGUCCGGCCCCCUGAGGCUGCCCGGACGCCAGGCUCAGACAAGGAGCGGCCUGUGGAGCGGAGGGAGCCCUCAAUCACCAAGGAAGAGAAAGACAGGGACCUCCCCUUCUCAAGGCCACAGCUCCGAGUUUCUCCUGCUACUCCCAAGGCCCGGGCUGGUGAAGAAGGGGCCAGGCCGGCCAAAGAGUCAGUGCGGGUCAAGGAAGAGCGAAAAGAGGAGGCUGCUACUGCAGCCGCUGCCGCCGCCGCCGCUGCUGCCGCUGCCGCUGCAGCCGCUGCCGCCACCACCGGGCCCCAAGGCCUUCACCUGCUGUUUGAGAGGCCCCGGCCACCUCCCUUUCUGGGCCCUAGUCCACCAGAGCGCUGUGCUGGCUUCCUGGAGCCAACCUGGUUGGCAGGGCCCCCACGCCUUGCUAGGCCACCCCGCUUCUAUGAGGCAGGUGAGGAGUUGACCGGACCAGGGGCUGUGGCUGCCGCCCGCCUCUAUGGUCUAGAGCCUGCCCACCCCCUGCUAUACAGCCGCUUGGCUCCUCCACCACCACCUGCUGCGGCCCCGGGAACCCCUCAUCUUCUCAGCAAGACCCCACCAGGAGCCCUGUUGGGGGCACCACCUCCGCUUGUGCCCGCCCCCCGACCUAGCUCCCCACCUCGGGCCCCUGGCCCUGCCCGAGCUGACAGGUGA